GGGAUUAAUAAGCUUUGCCCAUGCAAAUCGAUGCAUCGUGUCCAAUUGCAUUGCAUUGCAUGGCAGAGCUUGAGUGGAGGUGGAGGACUAGGACUAACAGAAAGGCUGUUUGAUCAGAUAAAACUGAAGCAGAAGUUGAACUUAGAUUGCUGGGCUGAUAGAUUCAGACAGGCUUCAUCCAGUCAUUCUCCAAACUCACGAGGUGAAGAAAGAAACCUGUUAAUUUCCAUACCGGUUCUUUGCUCCAACACUCGAAUCUUGAUACCCGAUUGACCCUGCAGCGCAUCUUAUCUCGCACGCCGCUUCAGCGAUUGCUCAUCACAACAGCACUGUCAGCAAAGCCCAGCGCACGCUGCAGGCACUGGCUUCCAACCUUAAAGCAGCGGAUGACGUACAAAUCUGGCCCUGCAAAAUAACGAGCGCGACCCGCCCAUUAUCCGCAGGGAAGAGAUAGCUGGACCAGAGAACAGAGCAAGCAAGAGAGCAGAUCUCGACGGCAAAAACAAUACAAACAACACAGCGCCCGGCACUCACUCAUACUUAGUCUUUCAUUCUGUCCCUUUGCCUUACGUGGGCUGCAGAAUAUCUGCACAACACUCAUCACAUCCGCCAGCAGUAACAAAGCGGAAUUCCACAAACCAGAGAUACCCACCCACCUACAUCAACAGCCAGGUCCGCAGGCAUGGCCGAACACAACGACACCCCCAAUCCCAUUAAUCCUAAUAACCUCCUCGUCCCGGAAUCGUCGCCCUACUUCCAAGAUGCCGUCACGGGGAGGCAGCGGUCGAAUUCUACGCGCUCGCAGAGAUCACAGCGAUCCGGCAUUCUACAAACACCUCUAGCAGAACUCGAAGCCCCGAAUACGCCAGAGAGAGAAAGGGACUAUACGCGCAGACCCAGCAUUCGCAUCAGACGGCUCUCAAAUGCCCCACCAGCGACACCAGGCACACAGGCCAGCGAACAUGGCGGAGAAAGCUCGUCGUCGUCGCCGUCUGCGUUGGGGUCGGGUUCAGCGAGGAGGAAUCGCAGCGCAAGUGAUCCGCAGAGGGGAAUUGGAGGUGUUCCCAGACUGUUUGGAACGAGAGAUAGUUAUAUGCCAGAAGUUCAGGAGGAGAAUGUUUCGCCGACGACGGGGAGGGCAACUGAGCAGUUCCCGCCGAUUAUGGAACAGGUUGAUCGGACGGAUCAUGCUCCGUCACAGCCAGAGCCGGACCGAGCAGCAACACCAACACCAGAACCGACUUCGAGAUGGAGGACGUUGAGGAGGGCGAGGACGAAUAUUGGGACGGAUAAGGAGAAGGGGAAGGAAAUACAGACUGAGGGGCAGAAGGAGAGCGAGUACGAGGAGGAUCUGGUGGAUUUGUUGGAUCUUGUUGACCCCGAAAUAUCAACCCUCCAAACCCUCACCAACGUCCAGAACUCCCUCUUUGUUCCUGAUCUUGGUAAAUACCUCAAUCGACGGCCAACAUACAACCUAACGAAACGGCCUACACAAGUUCCCGAGAGCAGUACAUCAGGAAGUGACGAUGACACAGCACCAGACGUACCUCCGAAAGACGACGAACGACCACCAGCCCAGCGUGUGAAUACAGGGGCAACGCUAAACACCAUCUCGUCGCAUGUUAAUGUUAGAUACUAUGCCGUCUUACCGCAUGGAGUGCGGAUACCUAAUUGGAGUGAGGAGGAGAAAUUGGAACUUAAUGAUCAUGUCCGGCACAUGCUACAUUCUCGAAGGUCGAAAUUCAAGAGGAGUAUGAAGGGAUUUAAGCAAUAUGUUUCGAAACCCCUCGGAUUUUUCGUCACGUUUUACGCUGUAUCGAUCACUGCUUUUGGUCUUGCUUGGGUUCUUUUCCUCAUCGGAUGGAUCAACGUCGGUGGCUCUCGCGAAGAUUAUCUCGUCAACAUCAUUGACAACGUCCUCGUCGCCCUCUUCGCCGUCAUGGGCGACGGCCUCGCCCCCUUCCGCUGCAUCGACACCUACCACAUGUGUUUCAUCGCCCACUACCACCACCUAACGUGGCGCCUACGUCGGGAGAAAUCCCUCCCCAAACUCGCCAACAACAGCGACCUCCCCGCCGUCCAACCCUCGGAGGUAACCGAUAUCGAGAAACAGGAAUUCUCUGUCCUGUCCCCUGAACAAGUCAAGAAGUUACAACAUCAUCAGAAGAAGUUCGCGAGGAGUCACAGUUUCUAUAAACCCCACGAGACAGCUACGCAUUAUGCAUUCCCGCUCCGCCUCCUCGUCGCCAUCGUCGUCCUCCUAGACUGCCACUCCCUCCUCCAAAUCGCCCUCGGGACAUGUACCUGGGCGAUAUCCUACCACGUGCGGCCCUUCGCACUCACGACCGUCAUCCUCUGCUGCAGCAUCACCGUCAACAUCACAGCGGGGAUCCUCAUCACGGUCGGGGAUCACAAGACGCGGAAGAAGGAUGUCAGGGAGAAGAUGAUUAGGCAGGAGAUGACGGCUGAGGGGAUCAAGAAGGUGGAGAAGAAACGGAGGCAUGACUUGAAGAAGGCCGGGCUGGUGAAGGAGGGGGAGAAGUGUGAGAGUGCCCUGGAUAUGGCGGGCGAGACGGAGGAGCAGAGGAGUGAGAGGCAGAGUCGGUUGGCGCUUAGGACGGUGGAUCCCGGGGCGGAUGCGGCGGUGCCGAGGAAGUUGUAAGGUAGGUAUUUUUGACUGGGGGCUGGUCUGGCUUGAGUUGGCUUGGGCUGGCUCAAGUGUGGGGAGAGAACUUCUUUGUGUUGGAAAAUAUAUCUGGAUAAUGGGUUGCAGACAGCAGACAGCAGACGGCAGACGGCAAAAGGCAGAAUGUAUGAUUGGCGAGGUUGUGGCUUGUAAGCUUUGGAAAGAUCUCCCUCCGUCGACUACAUAUCCCUUUCGACUCGAUUUUUCACACGCACAUAAUCACACAUCUCACUUUCCUUUCGUUUUGCUGGAUGGUGUUUCUAUAUGGGGACGGCCUAGGAUUCCGAGAUUCGUCGUUGAUGCUAGCAACCAGAUCGACAACAGGUCUUCCCUUCCAUCGAAAUUUGCUGCUUCUUGGCUGCUGCUUUUUUUUUCUUUUGAUGACAAAUCGGAAAUGGCAAAGAGAGGUGAAGGUGGAAAACAGUUUGGCCUCCCUUGACAUCCUUUGAAGUUCAAUACCACCACGAAGUAAGUAAUUGAAAUACGGGGGAAUUUGAUGACGGAGUGAGUACAUAUGUUAAAUUAUCGAUCGGUUGUGACACAUUGUCCCCAGGAACGAUACAGCUAGAUUUUCAUCUUGUGAUCUUCAUGAAACAAUGCUGACUUUCUAUGCACUUUCAUCAAGCCCACGAGGUCAAAUUGAUCCUAAGUUGGUGUGUAUCUGUAACCAGGAGUAGACCCGAUUCAUAGUCGUGCACUCUGAUAAAUCCCGAAGCCACGUUGGUUCAGUGCAAAAUCUAAAGGGAGAAACGAUGGCGAGCAGUCAUACCGGCCCUCGAGCUAGGAUGACUAAAAUCGGUCCUACCCGCAGAACUGUCUUGACUGCUAACCUGCUAGAAUAUUGACUUACUUCCAGACAAGCAUCCGAUCGUAGUCUCGGUAGUGGACGAUAAUGCGAAGCGAAGGUGGACGUCAUGAACUAAGCUCGCUAAGCAAUUUAUGAGUGUUGAUCUAAAGCGUGGAGGGAGGCGAG